CAUGUACUAACCAGGGCCUGGUACUAACGAUUGCGCCACUCACAUCGGUUUGCGAUAAGGCAGCCUCUUGCAAGACAGAAGAAGAAACAAAAGGAAACGAGCAAGUAGCAUUGCCUGCACGGCACGCACGCGGAACAGUCAAGCCAAUAGGCAGUGAUUAAGAGAACUACAUUUUCGGCUUAAGAAAAUGUAUCGACCAAAGCCAACAUUGAAAGACCGGCAGCAUCUGUAUAAACUCAUUAUAAGCCAACUACUCUAUGAUGGCUACACAAACAUAGCUAAUAGUUUAAUCAAUGAAGUUAAACCUCAAAGUGUGGUGUCACCAUCGGAACAGUUGGUUCAGCUCGCAAAAAUUGGAAUGGAGAAUGAUGACAGUGCUGUUCAAUAUGCCAUUGGGCGCUCUGAUACAGUAGCGCCUGGUGUGGGAAUUGAUCUGGAAUUCGAUGCUGAUGUCCAGACAAUGUCUCCAGAGGCAUCAGAGUAUGAGACUUGCUACGUUACCUCCCAUAAGGGACCUUGUCGUGUUGCGACAUAUAGUCGAGAUGGCCAGCUAAUUGCUACAGGCUCUGCGGAUGCUUCGAUAAAAAUACUGGACACUGAGCGUAUGCUGGCCAAAAGUGCAAUGCCAAUUGAGGUUAUGAUGAAUGAGACAGCUCAGCAAAACAUGGAGAAUCAUCCUGUGAUCCGAACGCUUUAUGACCACGUCGAUGAAGUCACCUGCCUGGCUUUCCACCCAUCUGAACAGAUCCUUGCCUCUGGCUCAAGAGAUUACACCCUCAAACUCUUUGAUUACUCAAAACCUUCUGCUAAAAGAGCAUUUAAAUACGUACAGGAAGCAGAAAUGCUGCGUUCCAUCUCUUUUCAUCCAUCUGGAGACUUCCUUUUAGUUGGAACACAGCACCCAACCCUGCGUCUUUAUGAUGUCAACACAUUUCAAUGUUUUGUGUCCUGUAACCCUGCGGACCAGCAUACAGAUACUAUAAGCGGUGUCAGUUACAACCCUACAGCCAACAGCUAUGUCACCUGCAGCAAGGAUGGGAGCAUUAAGCUGUGGGAUGGCGUCUCCAAUCGCUGUGUGACCACUUUUGACAAGGCUCAUGACGGAGCAGAGGUCUGCUCAGCCACCUUUACGAAGAACUCAAAGUACGUCCUUUCAAGUGGGAAGGAUUCCGUGGUCAAACUGUGGGAAAUAUCAACUGGCCGGAUGUUGGUGAAAUAUACAGGUGCUGGUCUGAGUGGACGUCAGAUGCACCGUACGCAGGGCGUGUUCAAUCACACAGAAGACUACGUUCUUCUCCCUGAUGAGCGCACCAUUAGUCUGUGCUGCUGGGAUUCCCGUACUGCAGAGAGGAAAAACUUGCUUUCGCUGGGUCAUAACAACAUAGUCCGUUGCAUAGUCCACUCGCCCACCAAUCCUGGGUUCAUGACUUGCAGUGAUGACUUCAGGGCCCGUUUCUGGUACCGGCGCACCACCACAGAUUGAUGACUUCUUUUGACUAAACACACAAAGGACUCCACAUGCAGGAAUGCAGCACCAAUAUAAAAAGUCAAAAGUUGACUCAAUUCUUAUCUUUAAGAUUUUUCUUUUUAUAAUAAAUCAUCAAAAUGAUCAGUCAUUUGAAUGAAUUAGUCUGUUUCCUCUACCACUUUGUAUGUUUUUAUGUUAUGUUUUUUCCUCCCCUUUUGUUUAUUAAACUUUGGAUUAUAUUUAGAUAAAAAUAAAAUGUGUCUCUAACAAUGUUGACUGGUUAUUUAUAGAGUUCUAUGAGGUAACCAAUGAUGCAGAUUUUUCCAAAGGGAUACGGCGAAAU